AAACAUAAUUUAACCUUCAAUAUUAAAUAGUUUGAUAUUUUUAGUUGUUGUCCUGUGUAACUUUUUUUUAAUUAACUCAAGCUUAAACAGUGUUAUCCCCAUGAAUAUAAUGACUACAGAAGAACCAGUAGAUCAACCAGAUCUGAUUUGCGUGGAAGAGAGUCUUAUGAGUUUUGAAAAUCUGGACAGAGCAUCGCCAGAUCUGUGGCCCGAGCAAAGUGAGUCCUUGUUACAAACCUUAUAUCUUCCUCUACGUGGAAGUAACAAUGUAUCAUACAUGUUAGCCGUUACUGAAGUUCCAGGUGUUAAUGAGUUUGUUGCCCAAAAUUCACCACAAACUGAGCCAUCGUCUUGGGCUGCUGGUCUUACACCAGAUGACAUAAAUCAGCUACAUCAACUUGGAAAUUUGUCGAUGACUGGUUUAAUAGCUGAAGUAAAAAAAUUACACGACAUGGCUUAUCAAUUAGGACUGGAAGAGGCGAAAGAGAUGACACGUGGAAAGUACUUAAACAUCUUCAAACACAAAUCGUAAUCUUGGAUUGAUAAACAUGAAAUCGUAUAUAUCUUUGAACAUUGAUGAAGACUGAUGGGUAGUUGUUAGUUGAGUCACAAUCGGAACCGUACGACAGGAUGCCUAACUGAAAAUUGUGUACAAAUAACUGUUAUCAAUUUGUAAAUCAAGUAUAAGUAUAAAUGAUUUUAUUGUAAAUAUAUCGAAGUUUCCAAAACCAAA